CCGUAAAGAACAAAAGAGGCAAGCGAUUACUUAAAUCACUUCCUGUUUCGUUGAUUUGGGUAAGCCUCGCCCGCGACUUGGCUGGAGUCUAGUGAAGGGCGCGGUCGAUAAUCUCCUCUCUCCGAGCCGGGAAUAUCUGCCCGGGGAUAGAGGGGCUAGCCUCAAGAACUCAGCUACAACCUUCAAUUGGCCUUUUCCCCUCCUCUUCUUUUGUUACAAAUACUUGGCAUGCAUUUGCAUAAAUACUACAAGCCUCACCACCGAAAGCCAUUGAUCGUAAAUGAAUCGAUAGUGGCUAAUUCAACAACACAUUGGGUCAAGACAACAACCACUUUAUGGAGUUGGCCCAGCGAAGCAGCCCAAUGGCAAGCUCUUCCUCUAAAUGCAACACGAACAAAGAAGAAAAAUCUAGCAAACCCAAGCCAGAAAAGGAGGUUGAAGCCGGUGACUCAACCGGCGUCGGCCGUCGCUAAAAGCACCGGAUGGCAAACUCUACUCCUCAGAAUCCCGGAGAGCGGAGAGCGGCAGACGUUCCGCCCCGCCUUUUUUUCUCAUUUCGAUUUUUUGUAUUUUUUGAUGACACCCUCAUCAGGUAAGGGGAUGAUAAUUUUUUCUCAGCUCUGGGAUGAGCCAUGGAAUAUUACGGAGAUUGUUUUGGCACCAAUUGCUGCUAGUUGCCUCUUCGCUUUUGGCAUUUCGAAACCCAUGAUCCCUUCACUGGUACUGCUGGAAUAGUAAGGAAAAGCUCUGUCUUGAGAUGUAGUAUCUCCCCCAUC